AUGGUAUUCGAUCGACUACGGGAAACAAAUCACAAAGUUACCCUAGAUAAAUGUGAAUUUCUUAGAAAAGAAGUCCUCUAUUUAGGCCACACAAUAACAGAAAACGAACUCAAACCAAAUAAUGACAAAAUCCAAGCUGUAGUAGAUUUUCCGAUAGCAAGAACCGCCACCGACAUCAAAAGAUUUUUGGGUCUAGUAGGAUAUUAUCGCAAAUUAAUUAAAGAUUUCGCUAAAGUUACCCAACCACUCACCGAUUGUCUCAAGAAAAGGAAUAAAAUUGAAAUUACAGAAAAAUAUGUAGCCGCUUUCGAGAGAUGCAAAGAACUUUUGGUAAACGCACCCAUUCUCCAAUUCCCGGACUUUUCGAAACCAUUCGUACUCACCAUUGAUGCCUCAAAUUAUGCUCUAGGAGCUGUAUUUUAA